GGACUAUUCGGCCAACCUCACAUAUAUCUUUUUUAAACUUUCCUGCUGUGCUCCCUUCGUCCUCUUUCAGCCCGUGAUACAGGAGAGCGCCUGUGAGAUUCCACCGUGCAGCGCAAACUCGUACGCCACCAGCAAGAGCAAAAGAAGAAAGAAAAAUCUUUGAGCGCUUCGAACUGUCCUCACGCAAUUUUUGGGGUUUCCGUUUUAACGCUGCUGCUUUUUUCUUUCCCUCCCCUCCCCUGCUUACUUUAGGCGCACAAGGUGGGCGGCGUGCACACAUCUCUUCUCUUCUUUCUUCGCAGCGUCUCUGUCAUGCCCAUUCGUGGAGCGGUGCUCACACCCACCGAGGUGCUCCUCGCCCGAGAGGCGUGCGAGCCCCUGCUCCUCAGCGUGACGGACCGUCUCCUGCGUGGUGGCCUAGCCGGUUUUGCGGAGUUCCGCCGGCGGUAUGUCGUGGAGUGCCAGCGGGCGAUGUCCGCCACGACCGAGAACUCCAAUGCGCGGUCGCGGUCCUCGACGUCCACGACUGGCACGACGCCGGCCGAAGCAGGAUUUUUCACACCGGCCACAAACGGCGAUGGAGGACAGCGUGUGGCACGGCGCGUGAACCCGGAAGGGUUAAAGACUGUCUUGGCCCAGUCGGGGGUGCUCCUGAGCCCGGAGGAGUACCGAUCAAUUCUGAUAGCUUACCGCGACGCCGUGGGCUUCGUGCUCGCCGAGGACCUUCUCGCGGACCUGCACCCCUGCCGACGCGUGCCGCUGGACCUGAUUCACGCCUGCACCGGUGCCGUGGCGGACGGCCUUUUCUUGGACCUCCCGAUGGUGGAGAGCAAAGCGUCGGCGGCGAACAACGAUGUAAGGGAUUUGGACUUCCCUGCCGUGACGGUCGGCAGUGUGUGUGCAGCUCUCACAGCUGUCUUCGACCCCGCCUUAUCCGACGAAGAAGCAGCUCCACUAGCCGCGGAUCCAUCGUCUGCCGCGGCCUGCGUGUCCGCGCUUACCUCUCUGCAGGCGGGCGUGGAGGCCACCUUCAUCGAGGCCGUCUACCCAGACGGUGCCGUACCAGCCGAGGACGUCGUGGCGUUUGUGGUGCUGUCUCUGCAGCAGCACCCGCACGUGUCCGCCAUAGCGUUUGCGCGACUGCGGCAGGCGAAGUCUCUCACGGCGGCCCCGCCACCAGCGGACGCAGCGGCUACUUCUUCGCGUCGUGCCGGCAUCACUAGCGUCUUCGCCGGCAUCGACGGCGCCACCCUCUUCAGCAUUCGGCACAGCGGGGUGACGACGCAGCGCAAGUUUGAGUACUACAGCGACAACGCGGACCGCCGUGAUGAGUGGAUGCUCGGGCGGCGGGAGGCAGAUGCGCGCUCGGGCUAUCUGCGUCACACCGUCGGCUACGGUGGUCACCUGCCGGAGUACCAAUAUCGGUUUGGUCGCACCUUUCACGUGAUUGAGGAAGAUUUGCCGCAGCUGACGAAGCCAAAGGCGCCGCUGGAGCCGGUGCCGGCGGACUGGUACGGUGAGGGGGUGGAGCUGAAGGAUAGCCGCAUGAACGCGCACCACUACCGGUUUGCAUAA